UGCUGACGUCCUCUUGCGCCCGCGCGCCUCUCCAGGCACCUCACUCGCAAUCAAUAUCAUCUUCACGAAUUGUUGUACCACUCAGACAAUCCCAAACUUGUUAUAACCCAGUCGUAAUAGUGCAAGCGCCACCGCUGCCCAGUGAUUUAUUGCCAGUGUACGCCUCGUGAACUAUAUAACAACGAAUAGUAGUGGCGCGGUAAAGCCCCCCUGCGUCGCGAGCGCUGCCUGCUCACUCGGCUGCGGAGCGGCGCGCUGAGCGGUGUCGCGCGUGCACUACGAGACAGCGACGUGUCGAGCAUGUCCCGCGAGAGCCGCCGCCUGGGGGUGCUGGCGCCCGCCGCGCUGUCCGCCUGCAUGGACGCCUCGGUGCUGGCGGUGCCCGCCGCCGGCGCCAUCGUCUCCACCGUGCUCAACGAGCUCAGCAAGGCCUUCAUGCUCAAAAAAUGGUUUCAUGGUGUAAUGUCAGCUAAAGAAGCGGAACACCUCAUUAUGGAGAAGGGGAAGAAUGGGUCGUUCCUGGUGCGCGAGUCGCAGGCGCACCCCGGUGAGUUCGUGCUGACGGUGCGCGUGCGCGGUCACGUCACACACGUCAUGAUCAGGAAGCACCACGACAAGUACGAGGUGGGCAGCGGCGAGCAGUUCGAUGACCUCGUGGGGCUGAUCGAGCACUGCCGCGCCUUCCCGCUGACCGACAGCUCGGGCGACGCGCUGCGCUUGCUGCAGCCCGUGAGCGGCGUGCGUGCGCGCCGCCGCCCCCGCCAGGAUCCAGUGCACCUGCAGGAGACGGACGACUGCCAGCAGCUGGACGCCAGCAUCGGCUUCGACGGCGAGUUCCAGUCGCUCAAGAUGUUGGACGACAGACACGUGUUCACCAACUUCGAAGGCAUUAAACCAGAAAAUUCUAACAAGAACAGAUAUCGAAACGUUAUACCUUACGACCAGACGCGCGUGGUGCUGCGCCGGCCGCACUCCGACUACAUCAACGCGAGCUACGUCCGCGCCGCGGCGCUCGCGCACUCCGCCGACAGCCUCCGCAGCGCGCAUUCUCUGAUCUUGAACAGUGAAUCAAAGAAAGUCCCACCCCUUGUCACCAAGUCGCUGUCAGACGAAGCACUGCGAGAAGUGAAGAGGACAUUCAGACUGGACAAACUUAAUGGAAACCUAUGCCACCAAGUUACAGUAAAGGACAAAGCUUACAUCGCGGCUCAAGGUUGCCUCUCACAUACAAAAGACGACUUCUGGCGGAUGUUAUGGCAGGAGGAUGUCAGAGUUAUAGCUAUGAUUACAAACGAGGUUGAGAACGGGAAGAGAAAGUGUGAGCGCUACUGGCCGGCGCCGGGGCAGCAGGAGAGGUUCGACGGGCUGUCGGUGCGCCACGUGUGCGAGACGGCUCACGAACAGUACGUGACGCGCGAGCUGCUAGUCAGCGACGGCAGCACCGCGCGCGCGCUCUGCCAGUACCACUUCACGGCAUGGCCGGACCACGGCACGCCCGGCGAGCCGGCCGGCGUCCUCGCGCUCAUCGAGGACAUCAACACCAGGAUGGCACGCAACGCCCAGGACGUCGACGCGCCACAACAGAACAUCUUGUGCGUGCAUUGCUCGGCCGGCGUGGGCAGAACCGGUACUUUCAUAGUCCUCGACAUACUUAUCGACAAGAUUAAAACAUCGGGAUUGAGCUGCGACCUGGACGUGCACUCGACGGUGCAGCUGGUGCGCGCGCAGCGGCACGGCAUGGUGCAGAACAAGGCGCAGUACCGGUUCAUCUACCUGGCGCUUCACGAGUUCAUUCAGCGCGGGAACAUCACGCUCACCAGAAAGGUAAACUCAUCGCAAACAUAACUGGACUUUAGAAGAACCAAAGCAAAGUGUAAUUUAAACUUUACUCGAUUCUAUUUAUACAACUUAGUUUUCAGUCACUCAUAAUUAAUAACUUUGAUGUUACCAUAAGUAAGAAUAAAUAAUGACGUGUGAA